ACUCGGGGAAGGUGAUUAGCACUGUGGGAUGGCUCCCUCUCGGAUCUAGAGCCACUCCCAAAGCCUGUGGACCCGCAGUCCCGUCCCGACUGACCGCAGAGCAGAGCCUCACUGAGAGCUGGUCGAGAGAGAGAGCGAGAGAGUCCCGUCACUCUGAAGGGGACAGACUGUAAAGACUGAAAAGUCGGGAAGGGACCGAAGAGCCGCUUUUCUGAUCUAUAAACUCAACUGGAUGUUGUAUUUCCCUCCAGGAGUGGACUAAAAAGUAUUUUUCAUUCUAAACACGAGGGGGCAAUCAUGUCCAAAAUGGAGGUGAAGACGUCACUUCUCGACAACAUGAUAGGGGUGGGCGACAUGGUCCUUCUUGAGCCGCUGUCAGAAGAAACCUUCAUUGAGAAUCUACACAAACGCUUCGAGCACAAUGAGAUCUAUACAUACAUUGGCAGUGUGGUGAUCUCCAUGAACCCCUACAAGUCCCUGCCCAUCUUCACAGCAGACAAGGUGGAGGAAUACCGCAACAGGAACUUCUAUGAGCUCAGCCCACACAUUUAUGCUCUGGCAGAUGAGGCCUACCGGUCACUCCGGGAUCAAGAUAAAGACCAGUGCAUCCUCAUUACAGGAGAAAGUGGGGCAGGAAAGACUGAGGCCAGCAAGCUGGUGAUGUCAUAUGUGGCUGCAGUGUGUGGGAAGGGCCAGGAGGUGAACAAAGUGAAGGAGCAGCUGCUGCAGUCCAAUCCUGUGCUAGAGGCUUUUGGAAACGCCAAAACUGUGAGGAAUGACAAUUCAUCUCGAUUUGGGAAGUACAUGGACAUCGAGUUUGACUUCAAAGGCGACCCGUUGGGUGGGGUCAUCAGUAACUAUCUCCUGGAGAAGUCCCGUGUUGUGAAGCAGCCAAGAGGAGAGAGGAACUUCCACAUCUUUUACCAGCUGUUAUCUGGAGCAUCAGAGGACACGCUCAAAAAACUGAAGUUGGACCGAGACUUCAGCAAAUAUAACUAUCUGAGUCUUGAUUCAGCCUCCGUCAAUGGACUUGAUGAUGCAGCAAACUUCAGAACAGUCAGGAAUGCCAUGCAGAUUGUGGGCUUCAUGGAGGAUGAGGUGCAGUCAGUGCUGGAGUUGGUGGCUGCUGUACUGAAGCUGGGCAACAUAGAGUUCAAGCCCGAGUCACGCGUCAAUGGCUUCGACGAGAGCCGGGUCAAGGACAAGAACGAUCUAAAGGAGAUGUGUGAACUUUUGGGAAUUGAGCAGUCAGUGCUGGAGAGAGCCUUCAGCUUCCGCACUGUGGAGGCUAAGAUGGAGAAGGUGUCCACCACACUCAACGUUGCUCAGGCCUAUUAUGCUCGUGAUGCACUUGCCAAAAACAUAUACAGCCGCAUGUUCAGUUGGUUGGUGACUCGAAUCAAUGAAAGCAUCAAGGCUCAAACCAAAUCCCGGAAGAAAGUGAUGGGGGUCCUGGAUAUUUAUGGUUUUGAGAUUUUUGAGGAUGGAGACAACAGCUUUGAGCAGUUCAUCAUCAACUACUGCAAUGAGAAGCUUCAGCAGAUCUUCAUUGAGCUCACGCUGCGUGAGGAGCAGGAGGAGUAUGUGCGUGAGGGCAUUGAAUGGACCAACAUUGAGUAUUUCAACAAUGCCAUUAUCUGCGAUCUUAUUGAAAAUAACCAGAACGGUAUCUUGGCCAUGCUUGAUGAGGAGUGUCUGCGGCCAGGCACGGUAACAGACGAGACCUUCCUGGACAAGCUGAACACAGUCUGUGCUGAACACCAGCACUUUGAGAGCCGGUUGAGCAAAAACUCAAAGUUCCUCACUGACCACAGCCUGCCUCACAACUGCUUCCGCAUCCAGCACUAUGCUGGCAAGGUGCUGUAUCGGGUAGAGGGUUUCGUAGACAAAAACAAUGACCUGCUGUACAGAGACCUGUCCCAGGCUAUGUACAAGGCCAACCACAGCCUCAUGAAACUGCUUUUCCCAGAGGGUAACCCUGCCAAGGUCAACCUGAAGAGGCCCCCUACAGCUGGCUUUCAGUUCAGAGCCUCAGUAGGCACGCUCAUGAAAAACCUACUGACCAAGAACCCCAACUACAUAAGAUGCAUCAAGCCCAAUGACAAGAAGGCAGCCCAAGUCUUCACAGAUUCAUUGGUAUGCCACCAGGUGCGCUACCUGGGUCUGAUGGAGAAUGUGCGUGUGAGGCGAGCGGGUUACGCCUUCCGGCAGCCAUACGAACCUUGCCUGGAGCGUUACAAGAUGCUCUGCAAGCAGACCUGGCCCCACUGGAAGGGUCCUGCGAGGGAAGGUGUGGAGGUUCUCCUGAAGGACUUAGAGGUUCCAGAAGACGAGUUCUCCUACGGACGCUCCAAAAUCUUCAUCAGAAAUCCCAGAACGCUAUUUUUCCUGGAGGAGAAGAGAAGACAGUGUCUGGAGGACUUGGCCACGCUCAUCCAGAAGAUCUACCGUGGCUGGAAGUGCCGCACACAUUUCCUCUUGUUGAAGAAGAGCCAGGUGGUGGUGGCUGCCUGGUUCCGCAGAUAUGCUCAACAACGGAAGUACCAGAAGAUCAAGAGCUCCUCCAUCGUGGUUCAGUCAUUCAUCAGAGGAUGGAAGGCCCGUAAAAUCCUGCGUGAACUGAAAUACCAAAAGAGAUGCAAAGAGGCCGUGACCACUAUUGCAGCCUACUGGCAUGGAACACAGGCUCGCUGGGAACUGCGGCGUCUAAAGGAGGCGGCUCGGAAUAAACAUGCUGUGUCUGUCAUUUGGGCAGCGUGGCAGGGAACUAAGGCACGCAGAGAGCUAAAACGGCUGAAGGAGGAAGCCAGGCGUAAGCACGCCGUCGCCGUCAUUUGGGCCUACUGGUUGGGACUCAAGGUCCGCAGGGAAUACAGAAAGUUCUUUAGAGCAAAUGCUGGCAAGAAGAUCUAUGAAUUCACCAUCCAGAGAAUUAUGCAGAAGUACUUCUUAGGCUUGAAGAACACGAUGCCUUCAAUGUCACCCAUUGAUAAGAGCUGGCCAGCUAGGCCUUACCUGUUCCUGGAGGGCACACAUCAAGAGCUCAGGAAAAUCUUCCACCUAUGGAGGUGCAAGAAAUACAGGAGCCAGUUCACAGAAGAGAAGAAGGCCAUCUAUGAGGAGAAACUGGAAGCAAGUGAAAUCUUCAAAGACAAGAAGGCUCUGUACCCCAGCAGUGUGGGUCAGCCUUUCAAAGGAGAUUAUCUGGAGAUUAAUAAGAACCCUAAGUACCAGAAGCUGAACAGUGUGGUAGAUGAAAAGGUGCUUCUAGCAGAUGUGGUCAAUAAAAUCAACAGGGCCAAUGGCAAGGGGGCUUCCAGAAUCUUCCUCCUCACCAAGAAAAACUUUGUUCUGGCUGAUCAGAAGACGGGACAAGUGAAGGCCAGCGUACCGCUGCCUGAUCUCAGCAGUGUCUCCGUCAGCACUCAGAAUGACGGCUUCUUUGCUCUCAAGCUCAAAGAGGGCACUCCAUCAGCAGCCAAAGGCGACUUCUUGCUGAGCAGUGACCGAUUAAUAGAGAUCAUCACCAAACUUCACCGCACAGGAGCAGCUUCAGCUGACAGGGAACCAAUCAGUGUUGACAUCUCAGAUGAAUUCCUUGUACAGUUCAAACAGGACAAAGUGUGUGUCAAAUUCAUUCAGGCUGGGCCCAAAAACGGCAACAGCGUCACCUGCAAGCGUAAAAAUAACCGGCUUCUGGAGGUGUCUGUUCCUUCGCCAUAAUGACCAAUCAUAGUCGCUCCCCAUCAGGGUGCCAUUUCUGAGACUCUUCACCGUUAAACCUAACCUUCACCCCAGCCCCCCAAAUGACUGUGCAAUUAUAAUGUUGUUGUUGUUGUUGUCAUUUCUCUUUUUUGUAGUCAGAAUCAAUGCAUUAUUGAGACCCCAAAAUACUACAUACAUAACAGUAUUUUGGCACAUAGAGGAGGAUCCCAAGUUUAGGAUGAUAUAUAGAUAGGAGUUGGCCAUGCUUACUUCCUAGUCUUGGGGUGCGUUAGUAUUCUAGUUUAAUCAAGACAUUAAUAGUUGUGAUUAUGAAGACAUAGAUGACACUGGCAGGAGCUUGAUUUGGUUAAACCCUUGGCAGGAGACACUGUGCUCUCAUCAUGCAGCAGAGUAGAAGCCAGUCUGGACCAGCUUGUAGGCAUCGUGCUUUGUGGGGGUUUCUGAGUGGGUGAGAAAAACAGCAAGAGACUUGCGUUGAGCUUCUGGGUUACUGCUGAAAAGCUAGAAACUAAGAUUGCACUUUUUUUCCACAAGGGUCAGGGUAAGUCGAUAUGUCUUACUUUGUUUAUUUUCUUGUCUUUCCACCACUUUGUGAUUCUCAAGCAGCACAAUCUUUCUGUUCAAUCAAAACAGGCUUGCCAAAGUUUGCCAAAUGAUGUGAUGUAAUUUGAUGUCUAGAAGUAUCAGCUGUUUCUUUCUGAUUUCUAUUUCAUAAUGCAUUACCUUUAUUAUUUACAGUGCAAGCCAAAAAUGUAAUCUCUCCAGCAUGAAGGACAAUGCCAAAAAAUACAAGUUGGAGACUUGCUUUUCAAAAGAUAAUUUUUGAAUGAUCAAAAUGUUCACAAUUUUGUAUAGUGCUAUUCUGCAACAUGCACUACACCUGCAAACCACACAGAGGCACAAAAGAGAGAGAAAGCAUGUAAGAAUGCCUCACUUCUCAGAGGGUUGUAGGUCUUCAUAAUGCUGCAGUUAAGAUGUUAAUGGAAUCAGAAUGGUACACACGAAGUUAGACCUUACAGGACACAGUGACACCUAUCACAACAUGCUUGAUGACGUUUUGGGUGUCUAUAUGGUGGUAGUGAUGACUGAAGGAUGCGUUCAAUGCUUUGCAUUCUGAAGAGAAAAAAGUGAGAGAGCAGAGCUGUUGGCUAAAUCUCCAGCUUCAGGAAACAACAUAAAGAGGACCCCUAUUUGUAAAGGAGACUGAACAUUAUCUGCAGAAUGGGGAUGUUCCAUCAUGCCCAAUUACUCAAACAUUGCCGCAUGUACAUAAGCCAAGCCAUAGAACACGUAUGGACUGUGUAGAAGGUUAACAGUAGAAGCUGAUGCAUAUGUACUGUGUAGAGGCAAUAAAAAUCAGAUAGCUUUUUCACCAUUUGUAUAUGUGCUGUAUUACUUUUUCUAGCUGGCCCACACUGGCAAAAAGUACAUGCAGUGUUUUUCUUGGGGCCUUGAGUGCAAAGCAGAGCACACUAAUACAGCAUUACAAGUGUCUCCACUUCUGUCAUGUACACUUUUGCACACAUGACCAAACACACAGGUGAAAAUGUUCUGCUUAAACUUUUCUCACUGAUAUGGAAAGUGAGUGCUUUGCUUUAAAAUAUAUUUAAUACCAUAUUUUCUCUUUAUGUUGUAGUAGGCUUUUUGUACUGUUGAAUUUGUUCAUAAUAAGGUCUUGCCACAGAUUUUGAAGAUGCUGCCCUGAGAGAAGAUUUUGCCACAGUCCUUUUGCUUCUGCAGGUGUUUUACACUUCUCAAACUUUUCAAGUGUUUUUGUAAUCUCACAAUAAAACAUAGUUGAAUUUUAGAUUAAAGGGUUAUUGUGCCCUUCCUUUGAGGGAAGCAUUGUGCAGAGUUGCUUACUUUUUUGAUCCUUGGUUGUGUACAGUUUGUCUUCAAUGCAGUAUACUACAGUCAAUUCCUUUUUCUCUUCUUUGUCAGUAGUUAAAGAGAAAAGAACUGUUGUGUGCCUAAAUGUAACUCGGCCUAACGACCGAGCUCGUAGAUGUGUUUCAGUAAAUGCUAAUUGUAACAAAUUUACAAGUAAUCUUUUUUUUUUUUUUAAAUUAAAGCAAGAAAUAAAUAACUUUGGCAAACCA